GCCAUUACUCGAUAUAUCGAUAUGUUCCGAUAGCCUGUCAAAUGUAUUUUACAUAUCUAAAAUUCUACGAAAAAUGCGCACAAUAAUAAUCUGCAAUUUAAAAAGGGUCUAAGCAUCAAACUCUAAGGACAGAGUAUCUGCAAAAUGGAGAGCUCAAAGCAAACCAAAGAAUUUUUAAAAUCGAAAAAGGGGAGUCCCCUGGGUAAGGAUAGUCCGCCAGGUGUGGCAAGGAAACACAAGCUUCAGAACACAUGGACCCUGUGGCGCGUGGAUCACGACCCCAAAAAAUCGUGGGAGGAUAUUCUGUACGAGGUCGGUAGCUUCAACACCGUUGAGGACUUCUGGAUUCAGUAUUACAGCACCGAUCCGCCAUCCAAGCAUAAAAUCGGCUGUGAUUACAUGCUCUUCAAGAAGGGCAUUCGCCCCAUGUGGGAGGAUCUGCCGAACAAGCACGGCGGUCGUUGGACAUACGUUGUGCACAAGGAGGCUAAAUCCGAACUGGACAGCAUUUGGCUGGACGUACUUCUUUGCCUGAUUGGCGAGGCCUGCGAUCAUUGCGAACAGAUAUGUGGGGCUUUGGUUAGGAUUCGGAAGUCAAUCAGCAAAGUCUCCGUCUGGACAAAGAACUGUGAGGACUACGAGGCAAACAUGGAGAUUGGUCAAAAACUCUGUGAGCUCGUAAGCCUCAGCAGCAAAAAAAUUAUAACAUUUACAUCGCAUCGUCAACUGGAACGACAAUUGAAAAAAACGCCUCCUAUUUUUGAGUUGGAGGCUAAACCUUUAAGAAAAUGAACAUCCCAGUAUUUUUUUAUAUCCAAAACUUGAAAGUUCAAAUUGGAUAAAUACUUUAUCAUUUCGAAGUGCCAUUCUGAAUAACAGGCUCUAUAAAUAACUAUGCU